AUGAAGAAGAUGUUCUCGUGCUCCAGCUCGCGCGUGGCGGAGCAGAGCUGGACCAAGCGGGACCAGAAGCUGCUGGAGGCCGUGGAGAGGGGCGACGUGGCCCGGGUGGCCGCGCUGGCCGCCCGCAGAGCGGCCCGGCCCGCCAAGCUCGACGCCGCGGGCCGCUCGGCGCUGCACCUGGCCGCCUCCAAGGGUCUCACCGCCUGCCUGACGCUGCUGCUGGCCCACGGGGCCCCCGUCGACGAGGGGGACGAGGACGGCAGCACCGCGCUGCACCUGGCCGCCAUCGCCUGCCAGCCCCAGUGCGUCAAGGUGCUGCUGCAGUACGGCGCCAACGGGGACUGCGUGGACGGGCAGAGCCGGACCCCGCUGCACUGGGCCGCCGCCUCGGGCUGCGCCUCCAGCGUGCUGCUGCUCUGCGACCACGAGGCCCUGCUGGACGCGGCCGACAGCCACGGGCAGACGCCGCUGAUGAUGGCCGCGCGGGGCAACCACGCUGCCGUCUGCGCCCAGCUGCUGCGGCGGGGGGCCGACCCCCACCUCGCCGACAAGGACAUGAAGACGGCGCUGACCCUGGCCCGCGAGAGCUGCAGCGCGGAGGCGGCCGAGCUGCUGCUGAGCCACGGGGCGACCGCGGCCCCGGCCGGCGGCUGCGAGGAGGAGGAGGAGGAGGAGGAGGAGGAGGAGGAGGAGGAAGGGGAGGAAGAGCGGCGGCGGGCCAGGCGCGCCGGGGUGGAGCAGGCGGUGCUGGCGCUCAGGGAGAGCAACGGGCAGCUGCUGGGCGAGCUGGCGCGGCUGGGCCGGCAGCGCGAGCGGCUGCGGGAGGAGCUGCGGGGGCUGCGGGAGGGCCGGGGGGGCGGCGGGGGCCGCGUGCUGCGGGAGCUGCACCGGGGCCUGGACCGGCUGGCGCGGGCGCAGCGCGAGGCCCUGCAGCUCGUGGCGCAGAUGGAGGGCGAGGACGGGGCGGCGGCGGGCGAGCGGCGGGCGCGGGCGGAGGCGGAGGCGCGGGCGGCCGCGCGGGAGCGGGAGGCGCGGGAGCUGCGGGCCGCGGCGCGGGGGCUGGAGAGCAGCGUGCAGCAGCUCAGCGCCAGGGCGGGCGAGCUGGCCAGGACCUGCCGGGACAAGGAGGACAAGAUCAAGGAGCUGCUGGCGGAGACGGAGAAGCUCUCGGCGGAGGUGCUGGCGGUCCGCAGCGAGAGCGCCCGGCUGCAGCUCCGGCUGGAGGUCCAGCAGAAAAACCACCGGGACGUCGUCGCCGUCUACCGGACCCACUUGCUCCAGGCCGCCCAGGGCUUCAUGGACGAGGCCGUGCACGCCACGCUGCUGCGGAUCCUGCGCGCGGGGCCCGAGGCCUGAGGCCGCCCCGAUGGGCCCCGAGGCCUGACGCCGCCCCGAUGGGCCCCCAUGCCAUUAAACGGGACG